GGGAAGGAAAGAAGGAAAGAAGGAGAGAAGGAAAGAAUGGCAGAGACCCACGAGCAGAAGUAGGGGAUGUAGGAACCGAGGUAGCCAAGAGAAGAGAGGACGAACACGGCCAGCGAGAGGGAAACGAGCUCGGAAAGGAACGACCCAAGGCACAAGCCAAGGCACAAGCGAAGGCACGAAGCAAGGAACGAACGAACGAACGAACGAAGGAAGGAAGGAAGGAGAACGAAAGAAACAUCAUCCAUCCAUCCACUGACUUCCUAGGACAAAGAGAGUUGUCGUUCGUGUUUGCAUCCGGAUCGCGUUGUUGUGUGUGGCGUGUGUUGGGGCGGGGGUUGAUCCAAGAGACUCGCUUUGGUCCUGCUGUGGGUGUGACCCUUGGGAUCGAAACCUAUCUGUGGAUGUGGGUCUCCGUGCUGCGCUCCAGUGACCAAGUGAGUGACUGCCCAUCGAUCCCGAGGUCGUCCUAUGGUCGUCCCAUGGUCGUCCCAAGCUCGAAUUCGAUUCUUCGAUCCAGGAUGGGAAUUGCCUCUGGAGUGUAACGCCAACACGGACCAAUCCUCCUCAUUGGCCACAUUGUCGUCAUUCCAGUUCCAUUGCGUUGUGUCCCACCAGUCAAGCCGCAUUUCGAUAUACAAUUGGUCAGUCGAUCUAUUGGAUUGAUUGAUUGAUUUCGAUUACCCAUUGAUGGACAUGAUGAGCUCGACCAAUUUGUUGUGCGCCCUGGCGUCCAACAAAGCUAACAACGAGCCCAUUUCUUCGGCCGCCGCAGCUGCCGCAUCUCAACCCUACCCUUUAAAAUCUUCGAUGGAUCCCAUUCGACCUAUGAGCUCACCCACUCACGGGAGCAAUUCAGGUCGGACCACACCAUCGUCGGAUAGUUCACCGGGCAAGCUCUUUGUCGGCGGGUUGUCUUGGCAAACCACUCCCGAGAAACUCAAAGAAUAUUUUGGCCACUUUGGGCUGGUCACUGAUGUUCUGGUAAUGAAGGAUCCCGUAACACAAAGAAGCCGAGGGUUUGGAUUCAUAACGUUUGCGGCCCCGGAGAGUGUGGAUAAGGUUCUAGCCGAGCCCUCUCAUUCUUUAGACGGGAAAAAAAUUGACCCCAAGCACGCCACGCCCAAAAGUAAAAGCAAAGCAAGCAAGACCAAGAAAAUAUUUGUAGGUGGAGUGAGCCAAGAAACCUCUGGAGAUGAAGUGAAGAGCUAUUUUGCCCAAUUUGGUAAGGUCGAAGAGGCGGUCAUGCUCAUGGAUCAGCAAACUAAACGGCACCGGGGGUUUGGAUUUGUCACUUUUGAAAACGAGGAAGUGGUGGACAAGGUGUGCGAAAUCCAUUUCCACACAGUUAAAGGCAAAAAAGUCGAAUGUAAGAAGGCCCAACCUAAAGAAGCGGUUCAAGCGGCCAACACUGCUGCUCUUUUGGGAAAACGAGCCAUUUUGACCAAUCUAGGGUUUGCUACCGCUGGCAAUCCUGGCCUGCCCUACCAAGGGCUGGUUAUGCCCCAACAAAGCCCCUUGGUCUCAGCUGCGGGCGUUUCACACAACUCUCAGAACUCUCCUCUGUUGUUGAACUCUGGAUUUGGCAAACUCAUAGGCAGCUCAAACUCAGGAAUACCAGGUCUUUCCAACCUCCGGUACACGCCCUACCCCAUGCCCAGUGCACUCUCUAACAAUACUAUGAACAUGAAUGUGCACCAUGCAGCUGCCGCAGCGGCUGCCGCAGCUGCGGCAGCUAUGGCGGCUNAGGCCCAACCUAAAGAAGCGGGUUUGCUACCGCUGGCCGCAGCUGCGGCAGCUAUGGCGGCUUCACAUUCCGUGACAUCGACCUCACCUGUGGUCAGCACAUCGAACACGUCUAGUCAAAUGGUCCAGGCUGGAACCCAUGCCAACUACGGACACCAACAUCAUCAUACUCCGGGGUCUUUAUCGUCUAUGAUAUCGCAUCAAGCGUCCAUGAACCAUGGAAAUGGCGGUGCCGGUGGCGGGUUACCUGGCGCUCAACUCAACCAAAGUCAGGCAGCUGCCAACGCUGCUGCUGCAGCCGGAGGAUCCCAAUCUUUGGCUGCGGCCGCCGCAGCUGCUGCUAUGGCUGCAGCUGCCAACCAUGGAACGGCACAUCCGUUACCUAAUGGAGCCGCCGCACCCCUGGGCGGGUACAAUCUCGCCAAUAUAGAUAUGACGGGCUUUCAGGCCGUGGAUUGGACAUCUAUGUAUGGGAUGGGCAUGUAUGUCUAGAGACGAGACAGCCUCAGAGGCAUUGUGGAAGGGGGCACGGCUCAUCUGCGAAAGUCAAAAUCCAGUUGCCACACAGCAUUUCAUUUGUUACCAGUUGAACGAACCUACGAUGUACAAAAGCGUGUCUAUUUUUUAGAAGCUGGACCCCAAUCUAUUUUACAUGAGUUUGUUGCUGCUGAUGUUGAUUCGAUGAAGGAGAAGAUGACGAUAAAAGAUAAAAGAUGCUCCAUUGUGACAAUGAUGCAAACUGACCAAGUCAUGUUAACGGACCAUCUCCCCAAGAGCAAUAAUCGGCUUUACAAUGAGAAAAUCUCCUACUUACCCAGAUCGUAUACUUGCGACCUACCAAAACUUCGAUCCAAAGAACGGCUACAUCUAUCACCACCGCGUCACAUGACGAUGAAAAUAAGUCAACUGAUAUCGUGAUCGUUGGGCAUCGUGGGCCUCUUCUGUUUUGAAGAACCAUAUCCGACACAAAUACUGAAGUAAGCAAACUCCC